GCUCUAAUUGACAUUUUGUUUUGCUCUUUUACUCACUCUGUUUCUUGGCACCUACUACGUAGGCUAGCGGUACUGGAAACUUAAAGCACGCACAAGGAUCAAGUCCUUGAAAAAACAGAUCAAUCAUGUUACUCAGAGUUGUAAGCAGUUUGAUCUUCACACAGAAAAGGAAGGCAAUGCAAAUUUUCCCCGAAAGCGUGAGAGAAGCGUGGAACGAGUGGGAGCUUCGGGCCAUGGUUUUAAUCAGCCUUGCCUUGCAAACCAUCCUCAUCCUGAUCGGCAACUGGAGAAAGCAUUCAACCAGCAACAUACUCCGAAUUGUCCUCUGGCUCGCUUACUUGUCAGCUGACUCCGUAGCAACCGUCUCACUCGGGAUUCUCUCCAGCAACCAGGAAGACUCCGAAGGUGAUUCUGUAAACCCCAACUUUGUUAUAACAGCAUUCUGGGCACCGUUUCUUCUCUUGCAUCUCGGCGGUCCAGAUACGAUUACUGCUUACUCGUUGGAGGAUAAUGAGUUGUGGCCUAGGCACUUGCUUGGGGUAGUUGUCCAGGUGAUUGUAGCUUUGUAUGUGUUUAUAAGAGCAUGGUCUAGUAAAAUGUUGAAUUUUUUGGCAAUUCCCGUUUUCGUAGUUGGAAUUAUAAAAUUUGGGGAGAGGACUUGGGUUUUGAGGUCUGCAAGUAGUGAGCAUUUUCGAGAGUCUAUGCUCCCUCCUCCGGACGCAGGUCCGAAUUAUGCUAGAUACAUGGAAGAAUACAGCUCAAAGAAAGCUGAGGGGUUUAGGGUUGAACCGAAAACAUUCAUUGAAGCUCCCAUAGGUUUUGAUCAUUCCGAUGCAGUUCAAGCUAAUGAAUCUAGUAGUGCCCAAAAUGCUGCAGUUUUAAACAAAGCUUAUAGUUUCUUCGAAACUUUCAAGCGGCUGUGUGCCGAUCUCAUCCUCACCUUCCACGAUAUAGAAAACAGCCAAUCGUUCUUCCAACAUAGAAGCUCUGAGGAAGCUCUCGAGGUUAUUGAGUUCGAGCUAGGGUUCAUGUAUGAUGUGUUUUAUACUAAAUCACUUCUGGUUUAUUCUGGUCUUGGUGGAAUACUCCGUUGCAUUACUCUUUCUUUCACAGUUUGUGUGUUCCUGGCCUUCGUGUUGAUCACGGAGAAGCAAGAAUACAUGAAAGUGGAUGUAAUUAUCACAUACAUAUUGUUGGUAGGAGCUAUUGUCUUAGAAUUUUAUGCAGUUGUCAUCCUACUUUCAUCGGACUGGACCCUGCUGUGGCUGAGCAAGCACAAAAACACAGCAGUAGAUCUCUUGCUCAGAUUGGUUUCAUCAAUCGCUUUGAUAAAAAACAAGAGGUGGUCUAAUACCUUGGCACAAUACGACCUCAUAACAUUUUGUCUCAAAGAAAGGCCAGCAAAGUGCAUUUUCAUCAACGAGGACUGGUUUAUAAAUCGGUUACUAGAGAAGUAUCGAUACAGAGACUUGAAGGAUGUUUCCAAAGAGUUGAAGAAUUUGAUAUUUGGGCAGCUGCUAGAGAAGUCGAGGACUGCUUCUAAUUUCGAGGCCAGCAAACGAAAAGAACUAUGUGCUCGAAGGGGUGACAUGGUGCUUGAGAAAGCAAAAUGUCUAGAUGAACUUGGCUGGACAAUUAACGGGGCCGAAUUUGAUCAAAGCAUCCUUCUUUGGCAUAUUGCGACAAAUCUAUGUUACUAUUCUGAUCUGGAAUUUUAUCAUAGUCCAAAUUCUGAAGCCAGCAUUCUUAAAAAAAAUUCUGAAGCCAGCAAGGUGUUAUCAAACUAUAUGUUGUAUCUUUUGGUGAUGUGCCCCUUCAUGCUGCCAAAUGGGAUUGGACAGAUAAGGUUUAGAGACACCUGUGCCGAGGCUGAGGAAUUUAUCACCGAAAGAAAGUCCAUAAAGAAUAGAGAAACGGCCUGCAAAAUGUUGCUCAAAGUGAGCACAGACAUCCUUCCAUCGAAAGUGAAAGGAGAUAGAAGCAAGUCGGUUCUAUUUGAUGCAUGCAGGCUUGCUAAAGCUCUGCAGUUCCUUGAGUCUAAGAAACACUGGGAGAACAAUGAGAAAAAAUGGGAGUUUAUAAGUCAUGUGUGGGUGGAAAUGCUUGCUUUCGCUGCCAAUCAGUGCCGGUGGAGUGAUCAUGCUCAGCAGCUCAGGCGAGGAGGAGAGCUGCUCACUCAUAUCUGGCUUCUUAUGGCACAUCUUGGUUUAACUGAACAGUUUCAAAUUUCAGAGGGCCAUGUUAGGGCAAAGUUGAUUGUGGAGUGAAUUUAAGUGUCACUCACUACAAAGAAUGAUCCAUUUUCAAGAUGUCCUAACUAUGUUAUGCUUUUCAGAUUGUAACUCUGUAGUCCGACCAUAGACCGGAUUUUCAAUAUUGCUUAGUUAAUGUGCUGAUAUUAUUAUUCCCCCUAAACAUAUUGAUAAAUAACGAACAUUCUACAUUGAUAAUUUCUUAUAAAUCAUAUCGGACUUCACUUAUGUAGUAA